UGAGAUCAACCGGCUCGACCUGGGCCUGACGGUGGAGGUGUGGAACAAGGGGCUCAUCUGGGACACCAUGGUGGGGACAGUGUGGAUCCCUCUCCGGACCAUCCGGCAGUCCAACGAGUUCAGUGCCACUGUGCCAAGCCGUAGCACUGUUCCCAGCCUGGACGACGACCCCGACAGCACGGUGGAUGACCGGGACAGCGACUACCGCAGCGAGACCAGCAACAGCAUCCCGCCGCCGUACUACACCACCUCCCAGCCCAACGCCUCCGUCCACCAGUACCCCAUGAGGCACCAGCAGCAGAGCUCCCGUGACUCCUACACCGACUCCGUGCAGAGCUACGAGAUGGACUACUCUGACCAGCGGCCCGUCAGGUACUAGGCCAGCGGGUCCUUGGGCCAGGGCAGCUCCCAGCUGAGCGAGGACUUUGAGAACGAGAGCCUGCGGGACUCGGAGCUGGACGAGCGGGACGGCGACUCCUACCACUCCUGCCACAGCUCGGUCAGCUACCGCAAGGACUCGCCCCGCUGGGAGGAGGAGGACGAUGACCUCUAUCUGGAGGAGGAGGAGGACGAGUUCAAUGAGGACUACAGCGAGAACGAGGAAGGCUACCCCAAGGAGGAGGAAGAGGAGGACCUGCGGGAGCAGGGAACCUAUGAAGCCCCUGAGCAUGACGCCUACCCCCCAGCGCAGAAACCCCUCGGGCAGCAGCAGGUCCCGCAGCAGCAGCAGCUGCAGGAGCAGGCGGAGGCGGAGGUGCAGGACCCCAAAGCAAGAGCCAAAGCCAACUGGUUGAGAGCCUUCAACAAGGUCUGCAUGCAGCUGCAGGAGGCCCGCGGGGAAGGUGAUGGAGAAGCCAAAUCCCUGUGGUUCAAAGGCGGGCCUGGUGGCGGGCUGAUCAUUAUAGACAGCAUGCCGGACAUACGCAAGCGAAAACCCAUCCCCCUAGUUAGCGAUUUGUCCCUGGUCCAGUCCCGGAAAGCGGGAAUCACGUCUGCGCUGGCCUCGAGCACCUUGAACAACGAGGAGCUGAAAAACCAUGUUUACAAGAAGACCCUGCAAGCCUUAGUGUACCCCAUCUCCUGCACGACGCCCCACAACUUCGAGGUGUGGACGGCCACCACCCCCACCUACUGCUACGAGUGCGAGGGGCUGCUGUGGGGCAUCGCCCGGCAGGGCAUGCGCUGCGCCGAGUGCGGCGUCAAGUGUCACGAGAAGUGCCAGGACCUGCUCAACGCCGACUGCCUGCAGAGGGCGGCAGAGAAGAGCUCCAAGCAUGGAGCAGAGGACCGGACCCAGAAUAUCAUCAUGGUGCUCAAGGACCGCAUGAAGAUCCGGGAGCGCAACAAGCCGGAGAUAUUUGAGCUGAUCCAGGAGGUGUUUGGGGUCACCAAGACCACGCACACGCAGCAGAUGAAGGCAGUGAAGCAGAGUGUCCUGGACGGGACCUCCAAAUGGUCGGCCAAGAUCAGCAUCACGGUUGUUUGCGCCCAGGGCCUGCAAGCAAAGGAUAAGACGGGUUCCAGUGACCCGUAUGUCACUGUCCAGGUUGGAAAGACAAAGAAAAGGACUAAAACUAUCUACGGCAAUCUCAACCCGGUCUGGGAGGAGAAUUUCCAUUUCGAGUGCCAUAACUCCUCUGACCGCAUCAAGGUCCGCGUCUGGGACGAAGACGAUGACAUCAAGUCCCGCGUCAAGCAGCGCUUCAAGAGGGAGUCUGAUGACUUCCUGGGCCAGACGAUCAUCGAGGUCCGGACCCUGAGCGGGGAGAUGGACGUCUGGUACAACCUCGACAAGCGGACAGACAAGUCGGCUGUGUCGGGAGCCAUCCGGCUGCACAUCAGCGUGGAGAUCAAAGGCGAGGAGAAGGUGGCUCCCUACCAUGUCCAGUACACAUGCCUGCACGAGAACCUGUUCCACUUUGUGACGGAUUUGCAAAACAACGGGGUGGUGAAGAUCCCCGACGCCAAGGGGGACGAUGCCUGGAAGGUGUACUUUGACGAGACGGCACAGGAGAUCGUGGAUGAGUUUGCCAUGCGCUAUGGGGUGGAGUCCAUCUACCAGGCCAUGACGUGAGUCCCGCGCCCUCCACCCUGCCCAAAGGGGCUGUGGCAGCCCGGCGUGGAGGGGGUCACCGCCAGCACCUUCAUCCCCUGCUGCUCUCCUUACUACGCCCACACCACGGCGUCCACCAACGUCUCAGCCUCCGACCGCUUUGCUGCUUCCAAUUUCGGGAAGGAGCGGUUUGUCAAGCUCCUUGACCAGCUGCACAACUCACUGCGGAUCGACCUCUCCAUGUACCGGAACAACUUCCCUGCCAGCAGUCCUGAACGGCUCCAGGAUCUCAAGUCCACAGUGGAUUUGCUGACCAGCAUCACCUUCUUUCGGAUGAAGGUCCAGGAGCUGCAGAGCCCCCCCCGUGCCAGCCAGGUGGUGAAGGACUGCGUGAAAGCCUGCCUCAACUCCACCUACGAGUACAUCUUCAACAACUGCCACGAGCUCUACAGCCGCGAGUACCAGACAGACCCGACUAAGAAAGGCGAGGUGCCCCCUGAAGAGCAGGGCCCCAGCAUCAAAAACCUGGACUUCUGGUCCAAGCUCAUCACCCUGAUAGUCUCCAUUAUCGAGGAGGACAAGAACUCCUACACGCCCUGCCUGAACCAGGGCUCGUGCCUUGAUGCCCGCUGUGUCCCCAUCGGGUUCCAGCAGACGUCGGAGCACGCGCUCUUCUCUUGCUCCGUGGUGGACGUCUUCUCCCAGCUCAACCAGAGCUUCGAGAUCAUCAAGAAGCUGGAGUGCCCUGACCCCCAGAUUGUUGGGCACUACAUGCGAAGGUUUGCCAAGACCAUCAGCAACGUGCUUCUCCAGUAUGCUGAGAUCAUCUCCAAGGAUUUUGCCUCCUACUGCUCCAAGGAGAAGGAGAAAGUGCCCUGCAUCCUGAUGAACAACAUCCAGCAGCUCCGUGUCCAGCUGGAGAAGAUGUUUGAAGCUAUGGGCGGGAAGGAGCUGGACACAGAAGCCAGUGAUAUCCUCAAGGAACUGCAGGUGAAACUCAACAACGUUCUGGAUGAGCUGAGUCGAGUCUUUGCCACCAGUUUCCAGCCGCACAUCGAGGAGUGCGUGAAGCAGAUGGGCGACAUCCUGGGCCAGGUGAAGGGCACCGGCAACGUCCCCGCCAGCACCUGCAGCAGCGUUGCGCAGGAUGCUGACAAUGUCCUGCAGCCCAUCAUGGACCUCCUGGACAGCAACCUGACGCUCUUUGCCAAGAUCUGCGAGAAGACGGUGCUGAAGCGGGUGCUGAAGGAGCUCUGGAAGCUGGUGAUGAACACGAUGGAGAAGACCAUCGUCCUGCCCCCACUCACUGACCAGACGGGCACGCUCUUGAGAAAACAUGGCAAGGGGACAGAGAAGAGCAGGGUGAAGCUGCCCAGUCACACUGAAGGCACGCAGAUGAUUUUCAACGCAGCCAAGGAGCUGGGGCAGCUCUCCAAGCUGAAGGACCACAUGGUGCGGGAGGAAGCCAAGAGCCUGACCCCAAAGCAGUGUGCGGUGGUGGAGCUGGCGCUGGACACCAUCAAGCAAUACUUCCACGCGGGCGGCGUGGGCCUGAAGAAGACGUUCCUGGAGAAGAGCCCCGACCUGCAGUCGCUGCGCUAUGCCCUGUCCCUCUACACCCAGGCCACUGACCUCCUCAUCAAAACCUUUGUGCAGACCCAGGCUUCGCAGGGCUGUGGUGUGGAUGACCCUGUCGGGGAGGUGUCCAUCCACGUGGAGCUCUUCACCCACCCCGGCACGGGUGAACACAAAGUCACCGUCAAAGUGGUGGCUGCAAAUGACCUCAAGUGGCAAACAUCGGGCAUCUUCCGGCCCUUCAUCGAAGUCAACAUCAUUGGGCCCCACCUCAGUGACAAGAAGAGGAAAUUUGCCACCAAAUCCAAGAACAACAGCUGGGCCCCCAAGUACAACGAGAGCUUCCAGUUCACGCUGGGGACGGAGACGGGCCCCGAGUGCUAUGAGCUGCAGGUGUGCGUGAAGGAUUACUGCUUCGCCCGGGAGGACCGGACAGUGGGCAUCGCUGUGCUGCAGCUCCGCGACAUCCUGCAGCGACCCGGCUGUGCCUGCUGGCUGCCCCUGGGCCGCCGCAUCCACAUGGAUGACACCGGCCUCACCGUCCUCCGCAUCCUCUCCCAACGCAACAAUGACGAGGUGGCCAAGGAAUUCGUCAAGCUCAAGUCGGACACGCGCUCGGCUGAGGAGGGCAGCAGUUAA